GGCGGCGGAGGGGCAUUACAAUGGAAGAUGAGGAGGUCGCCGAGAGUUGGGAGGAGGCGGCCGACAGCGGACGCUCUUGAACGAUGACGUCCGCCCACUCCCUUCCCCAUGGUUUUGACAGUGAGAAUGACCAGGCAUGCACUGUGCUCAUGAUGGAAAUAGACAGACGACUGGAAAAGAAACUGAAAAUCAGCCAAAAAGAAAGCAGGAAAUCCAAGUCCCCCCCAAAAGUGCCGAUUGUAAUUCAGGACGACAGUCUUCCUUCGGGCCCGCCUCCGCAGAUCCGGAUCUUAAAGCGGCCCACGAGCAACGGGGUGCUGACCAACCCCAACUCCACCAGCCGACCUGCCUUCCCCGUGAAGACCCUGGCCCAGAGGGAGGCCGAAUACGCAGAGGCCCGGAAGCGGAUUCUGGGCAGCGCUAGCCCGGAAGAGGAGCAAGAAAAACCCAUCCUUGACAGGCCCACGAGGAUCUCCCAGCCAGAAGACUCCAGGCAGCCCAGCAAUGUGAUCCGGCAGCCGUUGGGCCCCGACGGUUCGCAGGGCUUCAAGCAACGCAGAUAGGCUCGGCCGGCUGACCAGCUGCAAUGAAAGCAGGGUGCUCCCCCUCCUCAGCAGGCCAAUGGACCUGAGCCACAGGGGCGGGACUUGCUCUAAGCGUCCUCUAGGCCUUUUGCCUCUGGUGACCCUCCGCACUGGGACUCCUGCUAGAAUCGACAUGCCAAGGAGGGCCCACCGAGGGAGGAGCCGGCAGCAGGGCAGGCUUCUCUUCCGGGGGACCGGCUUGCUGCAACUCGCUGCCUGCUGAAGCGAGCAUCCGGUCCCGGCAAAGGAAUGACUUUCUCCCGCUGGCUCCCUCCGGGAUCGGAAGCGAGAGGCAGGGGUGGGCUUCUACCUCUCAACAUGUGCACGUCGGUGCGUGUUACGUUUGGAGCAAGGUACAGACGGGGGCGGGGGGGCGGAAGGUUGGAUCCGCAAAGGUUGGAUCCUUUGCCUUGGGGGGCGGGAUGGCUUCGCGCAUGGGAAGAAGAAGAAGAAGAAGAUGAAGAAGAAGAAGAUGAUGAAGAAGAGGAGGAGGAGGAGGUGUGUUAGCUGUUUUGACUUGUUUAUCUGAGAAACGGUAGUUGCUAGCGUCGAGAAAGGAGGAGGGGAGUUUGGAGAAAGCGGCGGUGGGCCACUCUUCCUAUUCCUGCUUGCUGCCCUUUGGAAUGGACGGACUGGAGGAGGGUGCCUCGGCCUCUUCUUUCCACCAGGUCGUCCUCCACCGCUUCGUGAGACGGCAGAGAUCCCUCUGCCUCUGUGGGACGAGCUGGGACCCUUCCUCUGCCUCAGGGCAGGAGGGUUUCCCCUGCCCUCUGGUCUUGACCGGCCCUUUGCCUCUUGGUGCUGCUUCUAGACAAAGAUAUGGGAGGCCUGCUAUAUUUUGCCACUAGGACUCCUGGGCUAGGAAUAGAAUAGUUCCUGCCUCCCUGCUGGUCCUCGGGAGGAUGCAGGUGGCGGGGGGGGGGGGGUGGGGAGAGCAAAUGUCGCUUGUGUUGGCCGUGGACGUCAGGCCAGCUGGGGCCCCCGUGCGUUGAGGCGUUCGGCCUUGUUCGUUCUUGGUCAAGUCUGCUUAUUGGGAAGGCAAAAGAAGUGCGCAAGGGAUGGAGAUCAGGUGUCCUUUCCCCUCUCGAAACGGGACGGAUCCCCCAAGACUCCGAAGGCCUCAAGAACAGGACCGUUUUCAAGAUGGGAAUAAUGGAUUUGCAGUGAUGGGGGGGGGGGGGCGCUCCGUGGCUUGCAGGCCCUAAGCAAUACUACUUUAGCUUUUUCCCAGGUGGUCGGACAAAAAAAAAGACACUCGAGGUGGACUGGUUAGGAGACCCUGCCAAAUGUCGGACCAGCUGGGGCUUUGCUCCCUAGCAGCCAUAUUUGAGGGUGGGGAGGGGGAGAGCCUCCCUCCCCCAUCACUUCCAGGUGCCUGGGCUAGCUCGCUUCACUGUGUUUUCCAAGUCUGCCUUUCGGUUUUUUGCUGUGUGGUUUCGGGAGGACAGGAGCGGCGUAGAAGGGGACACCUCCGCUGCGACCUGUCUCAAGGGGAACCCCACCCUUAAAAAUCCUCUCCUCCUGGGAGAGAAGGAAAACACGGAGGGGGGCAGGAGGGUGUAACUGUCUCUCUCUGCGUGCGUGUGUGGGGUGGGCGGGUGGGUGUGCCGGAACGGUGUCUCUUUGUACAUCAACACAGGAAGUGUGUCAAAAUACCGCAAAAGAAGUAACCGGUCAAAAGAGUAAUAAUAGAAAUAAAA